CAUCUUUUAUCCUUUCCUCCUUUCCUUUCCUUUUUGUUACUUUAGACACUAUCCUCCCCCCAAAAAAAGAAAAAAAAAAUACAAUGGCUUCAUGUUUUACAAAUAACUUGGUUAUUGGAGAUCAUAUACCAGACUGUAUUAAAAAAAGUUAUCAACAACAACUAUUACCUAUUCGGCAACAAAGUCUUCCUUCUUAUCAACCUAAAAGAAUAGAUCCUCCAGUAAGAAAAUCCAGUAUAUCAGCUAAUACACAUGAUCCUCGAAAGAAAAAUCGUCAAAAUAGUGUGAAGCAUGCAAAACGAAAAAUAUCAGUACGGUAUCGAUCUAAUCAUGAUGAUGACUUUUUGAGUGAUUACUAUCAAUACCUUACUAUGUCUUUUGCAACAACCUUAUCUCAUACUUGUUAUCAAUCUAUGGUCUUGAAUGAAUUAUAUCAAUACAGUGAUGAUCAACCAUAUUCUUCUAUUUGGGCCGGUUCUGAAAUAGUCAAUCAAUUAUUGGAAAUAUUGGGAAUAAAUGAUCGUGAUAUAGCUUUAGAUUAUGCUGGUAGUUUGCCUCUAAUACAAAUGAAUGGACCUCCACUGGAUCUUGUUUCCGAUACUUGGGAUAUCUUUUAUCGUCUACCUACUUUAUCUUCCAAUCAACAACAACGACAGAAAGUAUCUAUACUAUCAGGUAAAAAAACAAGGAUAGAAUACAAAGACGAAUUUAUUCUUUCUUAUUUGAUUUUCUUGAUAGAGCUUUAUCAAAGUGUCUAUACCCCACUGACAAAAUGUUACGCUCCUUUAUGUACACGUGACCGACCUUGUUACAGUUAUUACUGUCCCAAUAAAACUAUCCAUGUCUCCAAGAUCAACUCCAAUUGUAGAUCAUCCUCAAUAGAAACCAAAAAGGAUAUGUUACGUCAACAAAAACAUUAUUUAUGGAUCCAUUCAGUACCUCGGACGUUAGUAUACAAGACGUGUGCUAUGGAAAGACAUCGACAAGAAGCUAUUUAUGAACUUAUUCAAACUGAAAUAGACUUUGUGGAUCAUCUCCGAUAUAUCAAAAAGGCUUGGAUUGAACCAUUAUUAUCAUCAACAGAGAUAGUUCAACCAUCUAUUGUGAAGCAUGUGUUUUGGAAUUGGCAAGAUGUUUUACUCACCAAUACAAGAUUGAUGGAAGCACUUGUGGAUAGACAAAGCGAUCAUCUUAUUUGCCACGUGGGCGACGUGUUCUUGACUCACUUGACACAAUUCGAGCCAUUGAUUAUUUAUGGGACCCAUCAAAUGAUUGGUCAAUUCUAUUUGACUUUGGAAAAGAAACGCAAUCCUCACUUUGUUCAAUUUAUCAAGGAAAUAGAACAACAACCUGAAGCAAAUCGAUUGGAUUUGAAUGGAUAUUUAACGAAAAUCACGACAAGAUUAGCCCGCUAUCCUUUGUUACUGACUAGUAUUCUACAAUCAACAGCUUUAGAGCACCCUGACCAUGGUUGUUUGACACGUGCUGUGGAGAUCCUUCAACAAUUACUAUUACGGUUGGAUCAGCAAAUUGAUCAAGUUGGUCAUCAAUUUGAAUUGAAACAAAUCUCGGAACGUCUGGUUUAUUCCAAAUCAUCUGUACGACCUGUUCUGAAUCUAGAAUUGAAUUCACCUCAUCGUCGAUUGAUUCAUCAAGGUAGAAUGCAAUUAUUACCAACCGGAGGUGAAAUUCAUGUCUUUUUAUUUGAUCAUUUGAUUUUAUUUACAAAGAUCAAGGUACAAGAUGCUUUGGAAUAUUAUCGACCUUUUAGAAAGUGGAUUCCUUUGUAUGCCCUGACAUUUGCAAUUCAUGAUAUGGAAGAAAACAAUAAGAAAACAAAUAAAGAACGACAUCAUCUUUACAUCAUCGCUUUCCAAUAUCGUAUGGAGGUCCCCAUCACUUUGGUCACACCAAACGAAAAUAGUCGGCGUUUAUGGGUGGAUAAGAUUACACAGUCAAUGGCAACCUGCGGUGAUUCAACCAAUGUAAUAAAAAGACAGUAGAUAGUAUAGUAUUAGUAGACCCUUUUUUUUUU